AUGGGUCUUGUAAAGGUUCUCCUCAAGGCCAUCAUCAUUCCGAUCGUUCUUCUCAUUGUCAUCACCGUCAUCGUCGUCUUCACUAUCAAGAUGCGUCGCGAGAAGAAGCGGGAGAAGGAACUCCAGCAAGACUCUUUUCUGCCACCCCCGAUACAGCAAUGGGCUUAUCCUACCUCACCUGAGAUCCAAAAGCCCCCUCCAGUCGCUUCCUGGGCUGUGCAGACGCCGAGGCAGAUGGAACAAGACGUUCCUCGACAAUAG